CUUCUUCUUCUUCUUCUUAGCUAUGUCGCCGGAGAAUGGAGUGGCCUCGUCGGCGCCGGUGUGUGAUUACUGUGCGACGGCGGUGGCGGCUCUCUACUGUGGCGCAGACUCCGCCCGGCUCUGCCUCCUUUGUGACCGGAACGUGCACUCGGCCAACGCCCUAUCGCGCAAGCACGCACGAUCACCGCUUUGCUCAUCGUGCUCAUCCGGCGCCGCCGCAUCCCGGCAUGGCUCCAUCUUCCUUUGCACCGACUGUGAGCUCGUCCCUUUGCCCUCCUCCACCAACCCGUCAUCCCCCGUCCAACCCCUCUAUGGCCUCCCAUCCGCCUCUGAUCUCGCUGCCGCUUUGAAUCUCGAUUUCUCUUCUAAGAUCCCUAAGUCUUCGCUUCUGGAUCCCCAAUUCUUUUCGCCUGACGUUCUGGAGGAGCUCUACGUGCCGAGAUGGGAAAAAAGCCUGCAGCUUUUGGAGCAGGUGAUGGAGCUCUCCAAGGACGAUGCUCCGGAGACUCCCCGCCAGAGUGACAACGGUGAGGUGAUGCCCUACUCCGAGCUCUUGAUGUCUCCUCUGGACGGGGGUCCGGAUCUCAAUGGGACUGUUCAGCACACGGGCGAUGAGGAGCUUCUCUUCGAUUCUGGGACUGUUGCUGAUCACUCCACUCAGAUAUGGGAUUUUAAUCUAGGAAGGUCCAGGGAGCAAAAUGAAUCCUCUUUGUUUGAAAUGGAUGGAUAUGGGACAAAUACUGAAGGUUUUACAAUUAAAAGCUAUGAUGAUCUCUUUAGAGAAAAUACGUUUUCAACUACACAUGUCUUGGAAGACAUUUACAACACGAAUUGCAUUUCGGCAGCAACUGAUGAUAUAUCUUCGACUAACGUUCGUUGUGUCUCAUCUCGGAAAAAAGGGCAGGAUAAUUUAACAGCAAACUCAGGAAAUAGCAAUUGGACUGCAGUUAGGCCAACGAAUGUAUUACAUGAUACUGAACCUAAUCAUGCCAUCAAAGAGAUCUCCUUUACUCAGCACCCUGUCAUUAGCAGCAAGCAGUUCAAAGCAUUGAACAAAAUAGACAGUGAGCAAUUGGCCCAAAACCGAGGAAAUGCAAUGCAACGAUAUAAAGAGAAAAGAAAGACUCGCAGAUAUGAUAAACACAUUCGAUAUGAAUCGAGGAAGGCAAGAGCUGACACUCGGAUGCGAGUUAAGGGUCGAUUUGUCAAGGCUUCGGAAACAAUGGAUGAUGAAAAUGAUGGAUGAAUGGAUUUCUGUUAGCCAACCAUGGCUGUAAAUUCUUUUCUUCUUUCUUUUCUUCUUGCUAUUUCCAUUGUUGUUUUGUUGGAAGUUUUGUCAUUUAUAUGAAUAUGUGACAUCUCCUUAAAGAAUUUAGAAAUGAGCAAGUUAUGUGUUUCUUUGCU